AUGGCCGAGAAAUCGAGUGACGAAUAUCCGUGUGACAACACUAAUAAUACUUCUGAAACCGCAACACCUUCCAACAACACAGCUGAUAAAAAUAGCGAAGACACUUCGGGUGCAAUCUGUACCAUUUCAACUAGUCCCGGAUUAAUGUCAGAAAUAUUUUACUCCUUCGACUACCCGCCUUCCGAACUUAACGCAAUUCAAUCUUCUAUGAAAAAAAUUGUUGGUAAAUUUUUUGAUGAAUUUCAUAGUGAAAUCCGUAAUAAUGACAAUGUAAAUGUCAAUGUCAAUGAAAAUGUAAAUGUCAAUGAAAAUGAAAAUGUAAAUGUCAAUGAAAAUGAUAACAUCGAUCUCGUCGAUAUUAAUAUCGAUGUCAAUGAAAAUGAUCAAAACAAUCACGCCGAUGUUAAUAAUGAACCCAAUGCUGCUGAUGGUGAUAUUCACCACGGUAUGUUAGUAACAUAUAAAUCAAACGUAACUAUCGAGGAUACAGAUCGUCAUUCUAGCUUUUUUUUUAAUUAUAAAUAUUUUCCAGAGUUAUUUUUCUCAUUCGAUAAUUUCUAUAACUCUACUCCGCAUCUCCCAUUAUCACUUACACUAACUCCUCAAUUAAACUUAGAUGUUGAUUUCGUUAAACAAGGUCAAGAAUAUAUUGAUUUUAUGUCUGUUUUCACAGAACACGAUUUUUGUAAGCCAUUUCUCGAAAAAAUAUUCUCGUAUUUAUCUUAUAAAGACAUUGCAUCGAUGACCACUGUGUCUAAAACUUGGCGCAAAGCGGUUUCAAAAUCUGCAAAUGCACAAAAAGAGUUGGAAAAAGUUUUUAUACACGCGAUUUUAUAUUUUUGUCAUAAGAAUGCAAAUGUAACUGAUGAAUAUAAGCAAUUGUAUGAUAACAUUUUAAUACAUUUUAAAAAUCAAAUACAGUUUAAAAAAAAUGAUUUUUAA